AUGGCAAAUAGCCCUAUCGCGGCCAGAGCGGCCAGUGGAGGAGCUGUCCACGUUAACCGUUUCGUUACAGUAAUGCUCCAUGAAGACUGGAACGUGGAAGCGACAGAGGAGCCGAUGUUCCUGAUGCAACCGGUGAACCCCUCCUGGCGGAGCAACGAAGUCUACUUGCCGAAAGUCCGACGACAACCGAGCAGCGGCCUGGAAUCGACUCCGGCCUCUCAGAGCCACGCCGUGACCCCAGACCAGGACCCCUACAAACGACGCUUCGAUCAUUCCCGACAGCAGACCCCCACUUCGGACCUAGACCUCCACCCACUCCCACGCUCCCGGCGCAGCGACUCCCUCAGCAGCCCCGAAGACAAACACCCCCAAACGAAACCCGUUAAGGUGGACCCCUACAGGAAGCCAACCUCGGAAGUGGAACGACGGAAGAAGAUCGCGGAACAGCGUCAGCGGUCACCCUCCCUCAAGUCGACCGAGGAACCAGCCUCACCCCUGGAGCGCUUCCAGGAUGCCAAAGAAAAGUUCCUAGCCAUGGAGCGUGAGCGGCUGGAACAAGAGAACCUUGCCAACAUAAACCGGAAGAAGCAGGUUGAGCAACCGGUGGUCGCCGUGGCGAAACGGAACCCACCCCCGUUGCGACAGUGGCGCUGUCGGGACCCAGAGGAACCCGAAGUCCGCUCGGCACCGCUCGGUAGAUCCGACCCGGAUCGGUACUCUUACGAGGAGGAGAUGGAGAGGAGACCCCAAAGAGAACAUCCAAUCGGUCGUUCGCGGGAGAGCCUGGACUCGGACGAGUUCCCGACGUACCGCGCCGCCCCUGACGAUAAGCUCUUCAAGUACAGGUACAGAAGUCCACCGAGGGGUGAUGGAUUACCUUCCUACCAGAAAUCACCUUCAGACGGCCAUGAAAGGUACCCGAAGAACAUAGACCAAGGCUACGACAAAUACCGUCAGAAAGACGUUCACCCGGAAAAAUACCCGCAAAGAGUCACGCCCGAUUACCCCAUCAAGUACCCCCAAAGGCCUGAUGGCUUCGAUAAAUACCCGCAGAAACCCGUAGAAAGUUAUGAUAAGUACCCGCAAAAGUCUGACCCACACAGCUUCGAGAAAGCCCCCGCAGAGAGAUACGACAAAUACCCGUCCAAGCCUGCACCUCACGGUUACGACAAGUACCCGCAAAAGAGCCCCAUAGAUACAUGGGAUAGUAAGUACCCCCAAAAGGCUGAGCCACAUAGGAGGCCUGUCGAUUAUGACAAGUAUCCCCGGAAGCCCCCCGGAGGUUACGAGCCCCCGGCAAGGUCCUACCCCGACGACUGUUACACGGACGACUACCAGGUGCCAUACGAGGAGGAGAACAUCCCCUUGGAGCGGUACCGGAGCCCGACACGGAUCGCUCGACCGCACAUCACGAAGAAGGCCACCCCGAAACCGAAGAUCUCGUUCGAGGGUGACCAAGCCGGGGUGCGGCGCUCCAACUCGCGAUACUUCGAGCCACCCCCGCGGAACCCAGGUGGACCCCCCUUCGAGCCGGACCCCAGGGUCCGUCGCCCGGUGGACCCCGAGGAGGAAAAGCGGCGAAGCUUCCAGGAGUUAGCGAAGGAGUUCAAACGGAAGUCUUACCAGGAGCCGGAUUACCGGCCCGCCAAGGUGAACACACCCCCGCGCUAUAGGCAUAGCUAUGCGGAGCCGCUCCACCACCAUCAGCCGCCACUCCCUCAUCCCCAUCCGAUACUCCAGAGGACCAACAGCUUCCUCGCUGCCGGUCGGAUGGGCCUCGCACCCGUCCACCCUUACUGA